AUGGCAACCGAAAAUAAACCUGCAUUAGAGUUGAUCAGAACCCCAGAAGAAAUGGCCGAAUUACAAGAUGAAGAAAUUGAUGUGAAAGAAGGUUAUCAUUUAGGUAAUUGUAAGGUUAUGUAUGCAUGCAUGAUGCUGCAAAUGGGCCUUAGGUUUCCGUCCAAUUUCAGUUACACUUAUAUGUUCUUUAUAUCAUUAUUACGAGUGUUCACCAAAAAUCAAUAGGAUUAAUUCCUCCUGAGUUACAGCGUCUUAAAAAUAACAUUGCUGACGUCAGCAUUAUUUUCAAACGCCUUCAGAAACUGUGUUAUACACAAAAUUUAGUUAAAAAUUCUUUGUUAAGGUUAAGACGGGACUUCUGACCUGAUAUAAACAAGAAUCUAAACAUUUUGGCCCAAACUUGCCUUUAUUUUAGCUUUUGAUUUUGAUUUUGGGAUAAGCGCUUGAUAAGAUAAGAUUUAAUUAUGCCUCUCUGGGCAACUCAUGCAUCUAAGAAAAUUACAGAAAUAUAAAUCUUACAGUAAUAUAUAUUACAAUUAUUAAAAAUUAGAAACAGAAAUAUGUCUUCGCAUAGCAACCUCUGGAUGCAAUUUAAGAUAAGUAACAUGGUCAUUCUUAUCCGGAAUUCUGUUAAAGAUUUCUUGCGAUAAAUACCAAUAUCCGUGACGAGAAUCCGGGUUAUAACUUUUUAGAUCAUCAAGUCCUGCCUUAAAGGCUUUACACUAGGUGCACUGCAUACUUAACAGAGUUUGGUAAAUUGUUCCAAUACUUAAUUACUCUUACGCUAAAACAAUCUAACGCAAAUCUGGUCCUACAGGAUGAUACAUUGCAUAAAUUACGAGUACUAUAAUGCAAAUUAUGGUUAAACAUUUGAUGGCCAUAGUUUACAUGUCCGUUAAUAAUCUUGUAUGCUUCAAUAAGAUCACCCCGCAUUCUACGUUCGAGAAGUGUUGUCAGUCCCAGCUUUUGAAGUCUCACACUAUAGCUGAGAAAACCCAUACCAUGAAUUAUUCUAGUAAAAUCCCUUUGACAUUUUUCAAUUGCCAUAAUUAUACCCCAAUUACCAUGCUUUGCUACCGGGGACCAAACUUGCACACAAUACUCCAGAUGGGGCCUCACAAAGGCCUUGUAAAGAGGAACCAACACUUCAUGUUUACGAGAUACAACAUUUCUUAUUAACCAGGCUGAAUCAUCCUCUUGGCCUUUCCGAUUCCUUCUCGAAUAUGAUCAUCAAAUAAGGACUUCCCGGCAGACCAGGUUACCCCCAAAUCCUUUUCUUUCUGUACACUUUUUAAGUUGAAUACCAUCCAAUGUAUAGCCAUGUUGCGGAUUGCUCUCUCCGAUGUGAAGUACACCACACUUUUCCACAUUAAAUUUCAUCCGCCAUAUUCUGACCACCUACUGAGACAGUCAAUGUCUGUUUGAAUAUCUUCCGGAUAAUAUGCAUUACCAAUAACUUUGGAAUCAUCAGCGAAAAGCACAGUGUUAAAUUUAGUAACUUGUGGUAUAAAAUUGGUGGUAUAAAAUUGGCCAUUUUAUACCACCAAGCAUUUAUCCAAAAAUCAAAUGCUAAAAUAAAGGCGAGGUUGGCCAAAAUGUUUAGAUUAUUGUUUAUAUCAGGUCAGGAGUCCCGUCUUAAUUAACCUUAACCAAUAUUUUUUAACUUAAUUUUGUGUAUAACACAGUUUCUGAAAGCGUUCGAAAUAAUGCUGACGCAGCACUUUUAUUUUUCAGGACGCUGUAACUCAGGAGGAAUUAAUUGAUUCAAAAUUUUUGGUGAACACUCAUAAUAAUGAUAUAAACAACAUACAAAACUUUCAGUAUUGUAACUGAAAUUCCUGGAAAUUGGACGGAAACCCGCAUUAGGGCCCAUUGGGAAGAAUGUGUGUCAGUUGCAGUUAGCACUCUCCGUUAAGCCUGUUACUGUAGGCUGAUAUUAUUACUUGAUGGGUGACCUUACUCUGACUUGAUGUAUUUGAAAACUCGUAAUUAUUUAAAAUUUUGUUUUUUCCUUCUGUUUCGAGGGUAUCUCACUAAGCACUAUGGGUUCCUCCCCCACUGACUGAACUUCCUCCGUGUCCUCCUUGUUAGACAUGGGUCAUGUCAUGGCAACCAAUAGUACCUUACAGAAAGCCUCCGAAUUGAUCACUUUUGCGCUGAGUCCGUUGUAUUACAGUCAGUAGCCAGACAGUAUAAUUAGCUCCCCUAGCAUUAUUACCAUAUUAUAUGUAAUUACUAAAACUACUUUGCCCGAAAUCUACUGUCAAUUUGUAAAGUUAAGUUAAUAGACUAUUAUUAUGUCUUACUGUGUUUACUGUUUUUGUUGUUAUCAUUUAGCUGAUAUUAUGUCCAGAGCUGUAUUACUCUAUGGAAACCAACCUUUAUUGGACGAAUACAAUGUGUGUGUGGCUAAAAUAUUAAACACAAAUUCAUCUGUGAAAGAAGGGAAAUCUACUGGAACAGUGGGCCUCACCCGAGGAAUUCGAAUGAUGAUGCGCGACGUUGAAACCUAUGAGCCGUUUAAUUCCUAUCUUGGAGAACACUGUGUUGUUGGUGGUCUUUUUGAUGUCAAGAAACAGUUCUACCGUCUCAUCUCGCUACUUCUUUCAAAUUUGGGACUAGUAUUCGACAUCAUAUCUUCCUCGCCCUGGCAAGUAAUUUCGGAGUUGCAGACUCGGGGAAUCAUUGAUGAGUCCGAAAGUGUCAACAUCAAAGUGUGUUUAUCAAUUGCUAACGAAAUACGGCUGAAAACGUACUUUGCUAAUAACGGACAGAAAGAGCUAUUUUCCCCGGUUCCUCAAAAUGCGAACAUUAUGGAACAAUCCGCUGAUGCCCCUAUUUUCCGUGAUUUCGAUGAAGAUAUCUUAGUCCGCCUUGUGAGUACUAGUUAUGAUAUAUGUAACCGUUGUCUUGAGUUUUGUUUCGAGUACAUUAAACAAGACAAUAUCGACGUCAGUUUAUUUCGAAAUCCAUCCCUUGGAGUCUCGAAGGCAUGGCUACUAGGGGUUCUAUAUCAUCGACUGCAAAAUCCGGGUAAAGCCUUAGAGUACAUGAAAUCUGUACCCGAAGAUAGUCCGGACUACCAGGCCGCUCUUAUUACUCAGGGCCUUAUUUAUUGUAUGUAUGAAGAAUAUGAAAAAAGCGUUGAAUAUUUUGAAAAAGCGCGGCAACUGCAUGACCCAAAUAAAUGCAUGUCAAAUCUAAGAUUGAUUAAAUGCAUUAAUGGUCUAGCGGCUGCACAUGGGCAGAUGGGUAACUAUAAAAUGGCCAUAAAUUUAUUUAAAGAAGCGAUUCGUAAACACAGUGAGAUCUAUGGAGAAGGAUAUGAGAUACUCAUUCUCACUUGCUUGCUAAAUCUUGGCUGCGUUUAUCAUGAGGUUGGCAAUCAUGAUUUAGCUCUUAAAACUUUUAAAGACGUGGAAGAGAUGAUUAUGAAAGAAGGAUUAACGAACGUUCUUGAUCAGGACAUGAUUUAUUUAAACCUUUACAUGGCCGCGUCGCUAAGUGAACUCGAUCAACAUGUACAGUCUCGGAAAUAUUUGGAGCGAGCGUUACAUCUUAGUCACAAGGUGUUUGGUGAACAUUCUUCCAGUAUCCAGUUGGCUCAAACGUAUCGCGCUGCAGGCAAUAUCUAUUGUCUUUGUAAACAGGAUAACGAAGCCGAAGCUGUUUUAAAACGAAGUUUGGAUAUAUUUCUUCUUGUAUUUGGUGGCCGGGCCCACCCAGGUAAGAUCAUAACUUAAAGCUGAAAGGAGCGAAAUACCCUGAACAUUGAGUAUAACCCCUGUUUCUGUAUAACUAAGACGAAGAAAGGUAGUGUGUGGCUACGAUUCCUGUAGUAUAUGCACUUGUCUGAUUAUAAUUUCGCCUUAUCAUUGGUUUUCUCUGCGUUUUAACAAGAAUAACAUACCUUCCUAUAAGAUUCAGCAAUCAAAGAUGGAGAAGAAUAGCCAAUCAACAAUUUCAACAAAUAGGAUUAUUCUUUCUGUAUAAGCAGGUGUGAAAUUUGAAGUUCAAUUUUGAAUCGUUCGUGUUGCGCGCUCCUAAUCUUGAAAGCUGGGAUAGCAAUGUUUUUGUUUAAUUUUUACUGAUCAGGUAACUUGUAGUUAGGUUUCUCAUAUUAAGGUUUCUCUUAUAUAUAUAUAUAUACUAUCUGUGGCCUCCGCGAUGUGAGUCAAUUUGUUUUUUACUUCCAGGUAAAAUACAUGUACUCGUGGAGUUGGGAAAGUUUUUCUAUAAAAAACAUGAAACGAGUAUUAAAGCUGUGGAGAUUUUAGAAAGCGCUUUAGAACAGGCAAGAACUCUCUAUCCGCCUGAAAAACCUAAAAUCAUUAUCGCUGUUGUACUAGUGCAUCUAGGAAUAGCUUUGUUUUACGCUAAAAAGCUAUGGGAAUCACUUCCAUAUUUUCAAAAAGCGAAAAAAACCAUGGACCGGAUCCUAGGACCAGAUCACUUACAUUCCCACACGUCAACCAUACUUUAUAACAUGGGAAGAAAUUACCACGAGCUUCGUGAUGUUCCGAAAGCUCAUCAGUGUUAUGAAGAUGCUCUCAACAUAAUCUCCGAAAUAUAUGGAGAAAAUAGCAUUUUGGCAGCAACAUGUAGCAUGGCAGCUGCCUGUUUACAUCGCGCCUAUGCUGAGUACGAAUUGGGCAACAGUGACCUAGCUAAGGAUUACUGUACCAAAGCUGUUAACAUCUACAAAAAAAUUUCCUUAACCAAAAAUAGCUGCCGUAGUGAUGUUGUAGUUUGUCUUUAUCGCCUGAGCUCAUUCUGUGAAGCCCUCGGAAAGCUAGAAGCGUUAAAGCAUUUAGAAGAGGCGGGAAAGAUUGCGAAGGAUGCGGGUUUUAAGGAAUGUGUGGUAGACAUAUUAGUCUCGUUAAUCAGGAAAUAUGCUGAGAUGGGGUGCAUUAUCAAAAGCAUGAUGUGUUACGUAGAAGCUGGAGAGAUAGCAAAGAGCUUACCUGCACAUGAGCCUCUUUCACCUUCGACAUUGGAAAUGCUCAAAUUGAUGAAAAUUUAGCUAACAAAAACUGACAUCUUGAGAGGAAGAGUUUACAUAUCCACUACCGACACAAAUUGUAUACAACAACACCGCGCGAUGCCAAGAAUCUCGUUUAUGAGUAUAUUGGCAAAACUGAUUUUAAGAUUAUGCUAAGAAUAACUAAGGUUGAGAUGUUUUAAAGAACAUUCUGCAUGCAUGGGACUAAUUAUAUAAAUAAAGAUCAAGUAUGUCAGUACUGUAAUUAAUUUAAUGAAAAAACAGAUGGUGGUAGGAUGUGUAUAAUCUAAGAAGGUAAAAUUAUUUCCAGUGUGAGCAUGAAAUUGUGUGUUCUUAUAAAACAAAAAGACUCAAAGACUGUAGGCUACUAUAGC